AUAUUGAACCAUCCCUUUGAACCUGUGGCCUUCGUCUCCCAUAAACGCUACUCGCCAUGGCUGCAGCAGCAGCAGCGUGUAUGAGUUUCAACAUAUCAACAGCGUUUAAAGGACUUUCCUUAUCUUCUUCAUCUUCCUCUUCCUUCUUCACUGGUGGUGGUGCUUCCCCGCUUCUCCGCGUGGGUCCCACCUCGUUCGUGUCACUCCCUCGGAGGUCCCCUCUUACCAUUCAGAACGCACACAAGAAGGGUGCCGGAAGCACCAAGAACGGCCGCGAUUCCGAGGGCAAGCGACUCGGAAUCAAGAUUUACGGUGAACAGCGCUGCAAGCCAGGUUCCAUCAUCGUUCGUCAACGUGGAACCAAGUAUCACCCAGGAAAGAAUGUGGGGCUUGGCAAAGACUAUACCAUCUUCUCCUUGAUUGAUGGAGUUGUAAGAUUUGAGAAACAUGGACCUGACAGGAAAAAGAUUAGUGUUUAUCCACAAGAAAUUCCGCCUAAGAACCCCAACAGCUAUAGAGCAAGGAAGGCAGCAUACUUCAGGAUGAGGCGUGAACGCAAGAAAGCUAAACUAGAAGCAAGAAUACUUCGAUCCCAGCUGGUGUUGGCUUCUGCUGAUGAUGCUGCAAUCUCUAAUCCAAUGUGCUAAUUCUGCUUCACUCACUUAAAUGUGUAAAAUCCCCCCUUCCAAUUUUUUUUGUUUUUGUGUACCUGCGAAAUAGAACUUGAUACAGUUGUGGAUUAAGGCAAAGUUUUCCAGCUUUUGUGAUUUGUUGUUGUAUUCAAAUUUUUCAAAUAAAUGAUCAUUUGGCUUCAACUUU